GUGCAUCUGGUUGAAAAGUUGAACAUCGCAAAAACGUUUAGUGAAACGCGUUUUAAAGUCGCGAUCUUUAUCCUUUUUUACCGUGCAAAAUUAGUGUAAAACUGAUGAAAAACUAGUGCAAAUUGUAAAUUAGGGGACGCCAAUACCGAAAAUAAAAAUGGCUCUUCCUCCGUAUAUGAUUCCUCCCAAUCAAUGGGCCGCCCAUAUGAUGGCCCAGCAGCAGGUAUUUGCUGUGCAGCAAGCUCAGGCACAGCAACAGCAUCAAGCGGCAGCUGCCCAGAUGCAUGCUCAGCAGCUGGCUGCCACGCAGAUGCAGAUCCCGCCACCGAUGGGACACAUUCCACCGCCCGGUCCGCCAAAGCCGGAUUUGGUUCUUUCGGAGGAGAAACUGAUGGAGAAGGCUCAAAAAUGGCAACAGCUGCAGACGAAGCGGUUUGCCGACAAGCGUAAAUUUGGAUUUAUUGAUGCACAAAAGGAGGACAUGCCACCGGAGCACAUCCGGAAAAUUAUACGAGAUCAUGGCGAUAUGACGAGCAGGAAGUACAGGCACGACAAGCGAGUUUAUCUGGGAGCUUUGAAGUACAUGCCGCAUGCGGUUAUGAAGCUGUUGGAGAAUAUGCCCAUGCCAUGGGAACAGAUUCGAGACGUUCCGGUACUGUAUCACAUUACGGGGGCGAUCACUUUUGUGAACGAAAUCCCGUGGGUUAUCGAACCGGUGUAUAUCGCCCAGUGGGGCACCAUGUGGAUUAUGAUGCGUCGUGAGAAGCGUGAUCGUCGUCAUUUUAAGCGUAUGCGAUUUCCGCCAUUCGAUGAUGAGGAACCUCCACUGGAUUAUGCGGAUAACGUACUGGACGUGGAACCGCUGGAAGCGAUUCAGAUCGAACUGGACGCGGAUGAAGAUGGUAGCGUUCACGAUUGGUUCUACGAACAUCGUCCGCUGGUUGGAUCGCCUUACGUAAAUGGAUCGACCUACAGAAAGUGGAAUCUUUCGUUGCCGCAAAUGGCAACACUGUAUCGAUUGGCCAAUCAACUGCUUACGGAUUUGGUGGACAGCAAUUUCUUCUAUCUGUUCGACCCGAAGAGCUUCUUCACGGCCAAGGCGUUGAAUAUGGCCAUUCCGGGUGGGCCCAAAUUUGAGCCGCUUAUCAAGGAUCACAAUGUCGGGGAUGACGACUGGAAUGAGUUUAACGAUAUCAACAAAAUCAUCAUCCGACAACCGAUCCGAACAGAGUAUAGGAUUGCUUUCCCGUAUCUAUACAACAAUAUGCCGCACUUUGUGCAUCUGUGCUGGUACCACACUCCGAACGUGGUUUUCAUCAAAACCGAGGAUCCCGAUCUACCAGCAUUCUACUUUGAUCCGCUGAUCAAUCCGAUCGCCCAUCGGCAUGCCGUCAAAUCAACAGAGCCACUUCCGGAUGAUGACGAAGAAUUUACGCUCCCGGAAGAAGUCCAACCAUUCCUUCAGGAUACGCCUCUGUACACGGACAACACUGCAAAUGGAAUAUCGCUUCUGUGGGCGCCUCGUCCGUUCAACCUUCGCUCGGGUCGUUGCCGUCGAGCGAUGGAUAUUCCACUGGUCAAAAACUGGUACAAAGAGCACUGUCCGCCAAAUCACCCGGUCAAGGUCCGAGUCAGUUAUCAGAAGUUGCUCAAGUACUACGUACUCAACGCAUUGAAACACCGCAAGCCGAAGCCUCAGAAGAAGCGCUACCUGUUCCGUUCGUUCAAGGCGACCAAAUUCUUCCAAACCACUACGCUGGAUUGGGUCGAAGCUGGACUACAGGUCUGCCGUCAGGGCUACAACAUGUUGAAUCUGUUGAUUCACCGUAAGAACUUGAACUAUCUCCAUUUGGAUUACAACUUCAAUUUGAAACCGGUAAAGACCCUUACCACAAAGGAACGUAAGAAGUCUCGCUUCGGCAAUGCGUUCCAUCUGUGUCGUGAAAUCUUACGUCUGACCAAAUUGAUCAUCGAUUCCCACGUCCAGUACCGGUUGAACAACGUGGAUGCAUUCCAACUGGCGGAUGGUCUACAGUACAUUUUCGCUCACGUUGGCCAACUGACCGGAAUGUACCGCUACAAGUACAAACUGAUGCGGCAGAUUCGUAUGUGCAAGGACUUGAAGCACUUGAUCUACUAUCGGUUCAAUACGGGCCCCGUGGGUAAAGGCCCUGGUUGUGGUUUCUGGGCUCCGGGAUGGCGCGUUUGGUUGUUCUUCAUGCGGGGUAUCACUCCGUUAUUGGAGCGAUGGCUUGGCAAUCUGCUCUCCCGUCAGUUCGAAGGUCGACACUCGAAGGGCAUUGCCAAGACGGUCACGAAGCAGCGCGUCGAGUCGCACUUUGAUCUGGAGCUGCGUGCUUCGGUUAUGCACGACAUUGUAGACAUGAUGCCGGAGGGAAUCAAACAGAACAAGGCUAGAACCAUUCUGCAGCAUUUGUCCGAAGCUUGGCGAUGCUGGAAGGCUAACAUCCCCUGGAAGGUACCCGGGUUGCCAAUUCCUAUCGAAAACAUGAUUCUGCGUUACGUCAAGAUGAAGGCUGAUUGGUGGACCAAUACCGCUCACUACAAUCGGGAGCGUAUUCGCCGUGGUGCCACCGUCGACAAGACCGUCUGUAAGAAGAACCUCGGUCGACUGACGCGACUCUACCUGAAAGCGGAACAGGAACGACAGCACAACUAUCUGAAGGAUGGUCCCUACAUUUCCCCUGAAGAAGCCGUCGCCAUCUACACAACGACGGUGCAUUGGUUGGAAUCGCGUCGCUUUGCACCGAUUCCGUUCCCCCCAUUGUCGUACAAACACGACACCAAGUUGCUGAUUUUGGCUUUGGAAAGAUUGAAGGAAGCGUACAGUGUCAAGUCGCGUCUCAAUCAGAGCCAGCGCGAGGAACUGGGGUUGAUCGAACAAGCCUACGAUAAUCCCCACGAGGCGUUGUCUAGAAUCAAGCGUCAUCUGCUGACGCAGCGAGCAUUUAAAGAGACCGGAAUCGAGUUUAUGGACCUGUACAGCCAUUUGAUUCCCGUGUACGACGUCGAACCGUUGGAGAAGAUCACCGACGCCUAUCUGGAUCAGUACCUGUGGUACGAAGCGGAUAAACGCCGCCUGUUCCCGCCGUGGAUCAAGCCGAGCGAUACGGAACCACCCCCGCUGUUGGUGUACAAGUGGUGCCAAGGCAUCAACAACCUGCAGGAGGUAUGGGACGUCUCCGAAGGCGAGUGCAACGUGCUGCUAGAAUCCCGCUACGAGAAGCUGUACGAAAAGAUCGAUUUAACCCUGCUGAAUCGGCUGCUCCGCUUGAUCGUGGAUCACAACAUUGCCGAUUACAUGACCGCCAAGAACAACGUGGUCAUCAACUACAAGGACAUGAACCACACCAACAGUUACGGAAUCAUUCGUGGGCUGCAGUUUGCUUCGUUCAUCGCCCAGUACUACGGGCUGGUGUUGGAUCUGCUGGUGCUCGGCUUGCAACGGGCCAGUGAAAUGGCCGGUCCACCGCAGAUGCCAAACGAUUUCCUAACCUUCCAAGAUGUGGCUACGGAAUCGUGCCAUCCGAUUCGAUUGUACUGCCGGUAUGUGGAUCGGAUUCAUAUCUUCUUCCGCUUUACGGCGGAGGAAGCGAGGGAUUUAAUUCAGCGGUACUUGACGGAACAUCCGGAUCCAAACAAUGAGAACAUUGUCGGUUACAACAAUAAGAAGUGCUGGCCGAGAGAUGCCAGAAUGCGCUUGAUGAAGCAUGAUGUCAACUUGGGACGGGCAGUGUUCUGGGACAUCAAAAAUCGUUUGCCAAGAUCGGUAACUACCGUUCAGUGGGAUAACACUUUCGUUUCGGUGUACUCCAAGGAUAAUCCGAACUUGCUGUUCAAUAUGUGCGGAUUUGAAUGCAGGAUCCUGCCAAAAUGCCGCACUCAAAACGAGGAAUUCACUCACCGUGACGGUGUGUGGAAUUUACAGAACGAGGUGACCAAGGAACGUACAGCUCAAUGUUUCCUGCGAGUGGAUGAUGAAUCCCUUUCCCGGUUCCAUAACCGUGUCCGUCAGAUUCUGAUGGCUUCCGGUUCGACUACCUUCACCAAAAUUGUCAACAAGUGGAACACGGCUCUGAUCGGAUUGAUGACCUAUUUCCGGGAAGCGGUUGUCAACACGCAGGAACUGCUGGAUCUGCUGGUGAAGUGUGAGAACAAGAUUCAGACGCGUAUCAAGAUCGGUUUGAACUCGAAAAUGCCCUCGAGAUUCCCGCCGGUAGUGUUCUACACUCCGAAGGAGUUGGGUGGAUUGGGAAUGUUGAGUAUGGGUCACGUGCUGAUUCCGCAGUCGGAUCUGAGGUGGUCCAAGCAGACCGAUGUGGGCAUUACACAUUUCCGAUCUGGUAUGUCUCACGAUGAGGAUCAGUUGAUUCCGAACUUGUAUCGAUACAUUCAGCCGUGGGAGAGUGAGUUCAUUGAUUCGCAGCGUGUCUGGGCAGAGUACGCUUUGAAGAGGCAGGAAGCGAAUGCUCAGAAUAGACGUUUGACGUUGGAAGAUUUGGAGGACAGUUGGGACAGGGGUAUUCCUAGGAUCAACACACUGUUCCAGAAGGAUCGUCACACGUUGGCAUAUGACAAGGGAUGGAGAAUUAGGACUGAGUUCAAGCAGUACCAGGUACUGAAGCAGAAUCCCUUCUGGUGGACCCAUCAGCGUCAUGAUGGUAAAUUGUGGAAUUUGAACAACUACCGAACGGAUAUGAUCCAGGCUUUAGGUGGUGUGGAAGGUAUUUUGGAACACACGCUCUUCAAGGGAACGUACUUCCCAACGUGGGAGGGUCUCUUCUGGGAAAAGGCAUCCGGUUUCGAAGAGUCAAUGAAGUACAAGAAGCUGACCAAUGCCCAGCGUUCCGGUUUGAACCAGAUUCCGAAUCGUCGGUUCACGCUCUGGUGGUCUCCUACGAUCAAUCGAGCCAACGUGUACGUAGGUUUCCAGGUACAGCUGGAUUUGACCGGUAUUUUCAUGCACGGUAAAAUUCCAACUUUGAAGAUUUCGUUGAUUCAAAUCUUCCGAGCUCAUUUGUGGCAAAAGAUCCACGAAUCGAUCGUUAUGGAUCUCUGCCAGGUGUUUGAUCAAGAGUUGGACGCUUUGGAAAUCGAAACGGUUCAAAAGGAGACGAUCCAUCCUAGGAAGUCUUACAAGAUGAACUCGUCUUGUGCGGAUAUUUUGCUUUUCCCUGCUUACAAGUGGAAUGUGUCUCGGCCAUCUCUGUUGGCUGAUACAAAGGAUACAAUGGACAACACGACUACCCAGAAAUAUUGGUUAGACGUCCAGCUUCGUUGGGGUGAUUACGAUUCGCAUGAUGUGGAACGUUACGCAAGAGCCAAGUUCUUGGAUUACACCACGGAUAACAUGUCCAUCUAUCCAUCCCCAACGGGCGUUUUGAUAGCGAUCGAUCUGGCGUACAAUCUGCACAGUGCCUACGGAAACUGGUUCCCGGGGUGUAAACCACUGAUUCAGCAAGCUAUGGCCAAGAUCAUGAAGGCCAAUCCUGCUCUGUAUGUACUGCGAGAGCGUAUUCGUAAGGCGUUGCAACUGUACAGUUCGGAGCCGACUGAACCCUACCUUUCCUCGCAGAACUACGGAGAACUCUUCUCCAAUCAGAUCAUCUGGUUUGUAGACGACACCAAUGUGUACCGAGUAACGAUCCACAAAACCUUCGAGGGUAACUUGACCACGAAACCCAUCAACGGAGCCAUCUUCAUCUUCAAUCCGCGAACAGGACAACUGUUCUUGAAGAUCAUCCACACGUCCGUGUGGGCCGGUCAGAAGCGUCUGGGUCAGUUGGCCAAGUGGAAGACUGCUGAAGAAGUAGCGGCUUUGAUUCGAUCACUGCCCGUUGAAGAACAGCCCAAACAGAUCAUCGUCACCAGAAAAGGUAUGUUGGAUCCUCUCGAAGUCCAUCUGCUCGAUUUCCCGAACAUUGUGAUUAAGGGCUCUGAGCUGCAGCUACCAUUCCAGGCUUGCCUGAAGGUAGAGAAGUUUGGUGAUCUGAUUCUGAAGGCUACCGAACCACAGAUGGUCCUGUUCAAUCUGUACGAUGAUUGGUUGAAGACUAUCUCGUCGUAUACUGCGUUCUCUCGAUUGAUCUUGAUCCUGCGCGCACUGCACGUGAACACUGAAAGGACAAAGGUCAUCCUUAAACCGGACAAGACCACAAUCACCGAAGCUCACCACAUUUGGCCGACUCUCAGCGAUGAAGAAUGGAUCAAGGUUGAAGUGCAGCUCAAAGAUUUGAUUCUCGCCGAUUACGGCAAGAAGAACAACGUGAACGUUGCCUCUCUCACCCAGUCGGAAAUCCGUGACAUCAUCCUUGGUAUGGAGAUUUCCGCCCCGUCGGCUCAACGUCAACAGAUUGCUGAAAUUGAGAAACAAACAAAGGAACAGUCUCAACUCACGGCAACCACCACCAGAACUACCAACAAACAUGGCGACGAGAUUAUCACUUCAACUACCAGCAACUACGAAACCACCACCUUCAGCUCGAAAACCGAAUGGCGCGUUCGAGCCAUCUCUGCCACGAACCUUCAUCUCCGAACCAACCACAUCUACGUCAGUUCGGACGACAUCAAGGAAACCGGCUACACGUACAUUCUCCCGAAGAACAUCCUCAAGAAAUUCGUCACCAUUUCCGAUCUCCGAGCGCAAAUUUCCGGUUAUUUGUACGGCGUGAGCCCUCCAGAUAACCCACAGGUCAAGGAAAUCCGCUGCAUCGUAAUGCCACCGCAGUGGGGUACUCAUCAACAGAUCAACCUCCCCAACACCCUACCUACACAUCAGUAUCUCAAGGACAUGGAACCUCUCGGUUGGAUCCAUACCCAACCGAACGAAUUGCCUCAACUUUCCCCUCAGGACAUCACUACCCACGCAAAGAUCAUGUCGGAAAACACCACAUGGGAUGGCGAAAAGACCAUCAUCAUUACCUGCUCCUUCACACCCGGUUCUUGCUCCCUGACCGCGUACAAAUUAACCCCAUCCGGUUACGAGUGGGGUCACAAGAACACCGACAAGGGCAACAAUCCCAAAGGAUACCUACCAUCGCACUACGAACGCGUGCAGAUGCUGUUGUCGAACAAAUUCCUGGGCUUCUUCAUGGUACCGGCUCAGGCUAGCUGGAACUACAACUUUAUGGGCGUGAGGCACGAUCCGAACAUGAAGUACGAACUGCAGUUGGCGAAUCCAAAGGAGUUCUACCAUGAGGUACACAGACCGUCGCAUUUCUUGCUGUUCUCCAGCCUGGAGGAGGGUGCCGAUGGAAACGGCGCUGACCGGGAGGAUUUGUUUGCGUAAGUUGAAGCGAUUCGGGCUGAAACCAGUGUGUGAGCGUGUUGGACUGUACUGGAUGUUAGUUGUAAGGUUUUACUCUUAAGUAACUGUGUAAAUAGUCGCAUGGCUCUUUGACGGUAUCUUCAAUAAAAAGUUUACAAUAAUAGAA